AUGGCCGGAACUCUCCUCUCAUGGACUCCCCUGGCUCUAGCUCUGAUGGCUAGAGCUCUCAGUCAAUUGCCUUUGACCGACUGUCCUGGAUACAGGGUGAUAAACGUCGAAGAACGACCUCGCGGACUGACAGCGGAUCUGACACUCGCUGGUACGCCGUGCAACGUGUAUGGAGUUGAUAUCGAGAACCUGAGGCUCGAAACCGACUAUGAUACGAAUCAAAGACUUCAUGUCAAAAUCUACGAUGCGGAUGAGAACGUCUACCAAGUGCCCGACUCUGUCUUCCCUAGGCCCGUUGUCAAUGACCAAGCCUGUGCUGAUGAAAACACCCCGGAGCUGAGGUUUUCGUACGCAGAAGAUCCUUUCUCCUUCGCCGUCUCCCGAGCGAGCAAUGACGAAACACUCUUCAAUACUACAGGACAUAAUUUAAUAUUUCAAUCCCAAUAUGUGAAUCUCCGCACCUCUCUCCCACAAAACCCUAAUCUCUACGGACUUGGCGAGCACAGCGAUCCCCUUCGCCUGAACACUAUCAAUUAUACCCGCACACUCUGGAACCGGGAUGCUUAUACCAUCCCCGCGGGGACGAAUCUUUAUGGGGCGCACCCGAUGUAUAUAGACCACCGGGGCGAGGCAGGAACGCACGGAGUUUUCCUUUUGAAUUCAAACGGGAUGGACAUCAAGAUUGACAAAAACUCUGAUAAUAUCCAGUUCCUGGAAUAUAAUAUCCUGGGGGGCGUUCUAGACUUUUAUUUCUUUGCUGGGCCAAGUCCGAAAGACGUGAGCGUGCAGUAUGCGGAGGUUGCAGGCUUACCAGCCAUGGUUCCAUACUGGGGUCUUGGAUUUCAUCAAUGCCGUUACGGUUACAGAGAUAUCUUCGAAGUCGCUGCGGUAGUACAUAACUAUAGCGAAGCGAGAAUUCCCCUCGAAACAAUGUGGACCGAUAUCGACUACAUGGAUCACCGCAAAGUUUUUACACUCGAUCGAGAGCGAUUCCCAUUGGAUACUGUCCGAGCUUUGGUGCAAUAUCUUCACCAGCGAGACCAACAUUAUAUUGUUAUGGUUGAUCCCGCGGUAGCUCACUCUGAGAACGGCGCUUUCACACGAGGGCUAGAGAAGGAUGUGUUCAUGCGGAAGCAAGAUGGAACGCUAUAUCAAGGCGCUGUCUGGCCCGGUGCGACAGUUUUUCCCGACUGGUUCCAUCCAAACACUUCAGACUAUUGGAUCAACGAAUUCGCGUUGUUCUUCAAUGCAGAAUCAGGAGUUGACAUCGAUGCCCUGUGGAUCGACAUGAACGAGGCCGCUAACUUUUGUGACUGGCCCUGUACAGACCCUGUCGCCUAUGCGGAGGAGAAUAACCUCCCUCCGGAGCCGCCAGCUGUCAGGCCAAAUCCGAGCAGCCUUCCAGGGUUUCCGGCUGAGUUUCAGCCUGUAAACAGCAAUAACAAUAACAGUAGCAGAAAACGCGAGACGCAAGUUGUUAUUGCAGCCAGGCAAGGAUUUGUCAAAGUCGGAAACGACAAUGGCAAUGGCAGGAGGCUGGGUCUGCAGGGCCGCGAACUGAUCGAUCCGCCCUACAAGAUCGCCAACGCAGCUGGGUCGCUGAGCAAUAAGACUAUGAAUACAGACAUUUUCCAUGCCAAUGGGCUUGCUGAGUAUGAUACUCACAAUCUAUACGGGACAAUGAUGAGUUCGCUUUCACGAGACGCCAUGCUCUACAGACGCCCAGAGAAACGGCCCCUAGUGAUAACGCGCAGCACCUUUGCCGGUGCAGGCUCCUACGUCGGUCACUGGCUCGGCGACAACGCUAGCACCUGGACCAAAUACCGCAUCUCCAUCGCCCAAAUGCUCGCCUUCGCAUCCAUAUUCCAGAUCCCCAUGGUCGGUUCUGACGCAUGUGGUUUUACAGGCAAUACGACUGAGGAGCUGUGCUCGCGCUGGGCAACCCUGGCCGCUUUUAACCCCUUCUUUCGCAAUCACAAUGAGUACGGGAUGGUCUCACAAGAGUUUUACAGGUGGAACUCUGUUGCCGAGGCAGCAAGGAAGGCAAUAAGCAUCCGAUACAGUUUGCUUGACUAUCUUUACACGGAGUUCCAUGAACAGACGGUCACGGGCGAGCCGUUUUUGCUCCCACUUUUCUUUGUCUAUCCAAAUGACCCCAAUGUGGUGGGUAUUGACUCACAGUUCUUCUAUGGGGAUGCGAUUCUUGUCAGUCCUGUUAUUGAAGAAGGUAAGACGGAGGUUCAUGCUUAUUUCCCGGGUGAUUUGUUCUAUGAUUGGUACACAGGUCUUCCUCUUCGUGGAAAUGGUGAGGUGAUAACAUUGACGGACAUUGGGUACACUGACAUCCCGUUACAUGUACGUGGUGGGAAAAUUGUGCCUGUACGGACCGGGUCUGCGGGGAUGAAUACGACGACUGAGGUGAGGAAGAGCGGGUUUCGGUUGGUCAUUGCCCCAGGACUCGAUGGUAGGGCUGCAGGCCGCCUGUACAUUGAUGAUGGGGAAUCGUUGGAGCAGACUGCCAUGGUGGAUGUGGUCUUUACCUAUGAGGACGGUAGGGUGAGCGUUGAUGGCGUGUUUACGCUACAGACUGAUCUACGUGUUGAGGCUGUGACUGUGUUCGGGGACAAUGUGGUCGAAAGGACUAUCGACCUGCCUCUUUCCGGACCGGGAGGUGUUGAGCUGUAG